AUGAGGGGCUUGAUAUUAGCCCUGGUUUUAACCUUGGUGGGGAGCCAACAUCUUAAUUACCAACCCGAUUUCAGUGAAAACAAGGUUUAUACAUUUGAUUAUGAAAGCACACUUCUCAGUGGACUUCCAGAGAAAGGACUUGCAAGAGCUGGAAUAAGAAUAAAAAGUAAAGUGGAAAUUAGUGGUAUUGGGCCAAAACUUUGUCUUAUUAGGAUUCACUCAAUCGAAGCAGCAGAGUACAACGGUGUCUGGCCCACGAGUUCAUUCUCUCGAUCACUCAAACUGGCCCAGGUACUCACCGGGCAGCUCAGUAACCCAAUCAAGUUUGAGUACAGCAAUGGCCAUGUUGGAAGCAUUAUGGCUCCUGAUUCUGUCUCAGAUGAUGGUCUAAACAUCUACAGAGGGGUUAUGAAUGUGCUGGAAUUAAGUAUAAAGAAGACGCAGCAUUCAUACAGCUUACAGGAGGCUGGGAUUGGAGGUAUUUGUAACACAACAUAUGCAAUUCAGGAAAACAAGAGAGCAAACAUAGUCUAUGUGACCAAAUCCAAGGACCUGAACAGUUGUGAAGAGAAAGUUCAAAUUGUCACAGGUUCAGCGUACACUCAACCAUGUCAGACCUGCCAGCAGAGAAACAAGAAUUCCCGGGCAACUGCUACUUACAAUUACAAAAUUAAAUAUACACGUAGUGAAGCUGUAAUUACACAAGCUGAUGUUGAGGAAAUCCACCAGUUUUCACCCUUCAAUGAGAUAACAGGAGGAAAUGCUAUAGUAGAAGCAAGGCAAAAACUUGUGUUGACUGAUGUGCAGAAGCAGAGGACAGAGGUCCCACCAAAAGAAUACCAGAAUCGUGGGUCACUUCAGUAUGAGUUUGGCAGUGAAUUGCUUCAGCUUCCUGUCCACUUAUUCAAAAUAAAAGAUGUGGAAAGUCAGAUAGAGGAAAGCUUGCAAGACUUAGUAGAGGCUAGUUCUGACCAACUUCCCAGUGAUGCACCAGCAAAAGCCCUCAAGCUUAUGCACCUCUUCCGUGCAGCAAAUGAGGAGAAUUAUGAGUCGGUGUGGAAGCAGUUCUCUACUCGGCCAGCAUACAGGCGUUACAUUUUGGAUAUAAUUCCUGCAGUUGCCAGUCACCGUGCACUCAGGUUCCUACGGCAUAAAAUGGAAAAACAGGAGCUCACCAGCUGGGAAGCAGCUCAGACAGUGCUUGUGGCUCUGCACUCAAGCACACCAACUCGGGACGUGAUGGAGGAAGCAAUGCUCAUUGUUAAAAAACAUUGCCCACGCUCAAGCACUGUGCUUGGAAAGGUUUGCCAUCUCAGCUAUGCAUCACUGUGCCACAAACAGUGCUCUUCAUCAGAUUCCUGCUCCGAAUGUCUCCAGCUUCUUCACAGCUUUGCAGGAGAGGCAUUAAGCAAGUCGACCACAGAAGAAAUUUGCCUGGCUUUGAAAGCCCUUGGAAAUGUAGGACAUCCAGCCAGCAUCAAGCACAUCAAGAAGUUUUUGCCAGGAUAUGCAGCUGGUGCCUCAGAUUUGCCACUCAAGGUCCAUGCAACUGCUGUGUUGGCCCUGAAAAACAUUGGCCUGAAAGACCCAAAAAUGGUCCAGGCUAUUACCCUUGAGAUUUUCCUGAAUCACAAAAUUCAUCCUCGGGUCCGAAUGUUAGCUGCGGUGGUUUUGCUUGAAACCAAGCCAAGUCUUCCAAUAGUAAUGACAUUAGCUGAUGCUGUGCUGAAGGAACCUAGCAUGCAAGUGGCAAGUUUCAUCUACUCUCACUUGAGGGCCCUGGGCAGAAGCACAGCUCCAGAUCUUCAAGUGAUGGCUUCUGCCUGCAGAAUGGCUAUCAGAGCAUUAAGUCCCAAAUUUGACAGAUCUGGGUAUCGGUUCAGCAAAAAAAAUUUAAAGCAAUCAAUAGAAAAAGAGACUCUGAACCAUCUGAAAUCCACAGUGCUGGGUGUAAAAGUACUUCUGCCUGUUGGGUUUGGAGAGUUCCUUAUGAGUGGUCUGGCAGCUAAAUAUUUGGUAUUGAAUAAUGCAGGUAGCUUAAUUCCAACAAUGGCAAUGUCCCAGCUGCGGACACAUUUUCUUGGAAGAGUGGCUGAUCCCUUGGAGGUGGGAAUAACAGUUGAAGGACUGCAGGAGAUUUUUGCUAAAGGUUACUCUCCUGACAGGGACUGGGAGACUGAGUAUGACUUCAAGAAAAUCCUGAAAACGCUCUCUGACUGGAAGGCAUUCUCCAGUGAUAAACCUUUUGCAUCAGGCUACUUGAAGAUGUUUGGACAAGAGUUGUUCUUUGGUGGACUUGAUAAAAAUGCCAUCCAAAAUGCACUGCAGGCAUGGUAUGGAUAUGAUGAUAAAAUCCCAUCGCUAAGAAGAAUAAUCAGUAGCCUUCAAAGUGGUGUAGGGAGGCAGUGGACGAAGGCUUUCCUGUCCUCUGAGAUCCGUCGCAUUGUGCCCACCUGCACUGGGUUCCCAACAGAGACUAGCUUCUAUUACUCUUCUAUCACAAAAGUGGCAGGAAAUGUUCAAGCACAGAUUACACCCUCUCCAAAGUCUGAUUUCAGAUUGACUGAGUUACUAAAUGCCAACAUUAGACUGCGAUCCAAAACGAGUCUAAGCAUGGCCAAGGAGAUUACCUUUGUAAUGGGAAUCAACACACGUACAAUCCAGGCAGGGCUGGAAGCACACACUAAAAUUAAUGCUCAUGUACCUGUGAAUGUUGUUGCCACUGUCCAUAUGAAGGAAAAAAAUAUCAAAAUUGAAAUUCCACCAUGUAAAGAAGAGACUAACAUAAUUAGUGCAAGGUCUAAGACAUUUGCUGUUACACGAAAUAUUGGGGAUUUGGCUGCUAGUAAGAUGACUCCAGUUCUUUUACCUGAAGCAGUGCCCGACAUAAUGAAGAUGUCUUUCGAUUCCGAUUCUGCAUCAGGCGAGACUGAUAACAUCAGGGACAGACAAUCUGCAGAGGACAUUUCAUCGGAAAAUUUCUUUUCUUUGGGACAAUCUUCUUCCCGAAAAGAGCCAUUUGUUCAGUCUGUGUGCUCCAAUGCAAGUACAUUUGGGGUUCAAGUGUGCAUUGAGAGGAAAAGUGUACAUGCAGCAUUUAUCAAAAAUGUGCCUCUUUAUUACCUAGUUGGAGAACAUGCCCUGAGACUGAGUUUCAAGCCAGUUUACACAGAAGCACCUAUUGAAAAAAUACAAGUCACAAUUCAAGCAGGAGACCAAGCUCCUACAAAAAUGGUACGUCUAGUAACAUUUGAAGAUCCAGAGGCACAAGCAUCUUCCAGAAAAGAAGCAAUUAAAAGAGUAAAGAAAAUCCUUGAUGACAAUGAUGACCAGGGGGUAAGAAAAUAUAGAAGCUCAUCGUCCAGUGCCAGCAGCACCAGUGGAAGCAUCGAGAGUGCAACAAGUAGCCCCUCCAGCAGUGACUCUGAUGACAGAACAUCACAGGGAGGCACCCAGAUAAAUCUGAAAACAAGACAGUCUAAAGCCAAAGAAAAGAAAUUCUACCCCUUUGGGGACAGUGCCAGCAGCAGUAGCAGCAGCAGCAGUAGUGGUAGCAGUAGCAGCAGCAGUAGUAAAAGCAGUAGUAGUAGCAGCAGUGGCAAUAGUAGUGGUAGUAGUAGCAGCAAAAGCAGCAGUAGUAGCAGUAAAAGCAGCAGUAGCAGUAGCAAAAGCAGUAGCAGCAGUGUCAAUAGUAGUGGUAGUAGUAGCAGCAAAAGCAGCAGUAGUAGUAGUAAAAGCAGCAGUAGCAAAAGCAGUAGCAGCAGCAGUAGGAAAGCAUCUGGUAUAAAGUAUAAGGCUAAGAAGCAGUCCAAGACUGCAUUGUUUCCACAUGCUAGCACUGCUGAAGGAGAGGCAAGUGGCCGUCAGCAGAAGCAUAAAACCCAGAGUAGCAGCAGAAGCACCAGCAGCGGCACCAGCAGCAGCAGUGAAAGCAGUGGCGCUUCCCAACGUCACAGCAAAUAUGACAAACAAGCUGAGACGAAAUAUGUCAAGUCCCAAAUAAACAGUCACAGUAGCUACGAUGUUUCUACGGAACAGGAAUUUCAUCUCCCAAAAGUCUACCGGCUUCGCUUCAGGUCUGCUCACAUCCAUUGGCAUCCAGAUCACAAGGUAUCAAGCAGCUCAUCAUCAUCUUCCUCUGAGUCGGGAAACAUCUACGGAAACAGCAGCAGCAGUAGCAGCAGUAGCAGAAGCAGUCACCUGAGUGGCACCAGCAGCAGCAGCAGCAGCCACCACCAUGGAGAAAAUUCUGCCCACAGCUCAAGGAGGAGCCAUGUGAGCAGAGGAGUCAGCAUCCACCACCACAGCCAUGGCUCCAGCCUGAGACGUGAGCGCAACUUCCUGGGAGACGUAAUUCCACCUGGCAUUACGAUUGUGGCACAGGCAGUAAGGAGUGACAACAGAAAUCAAGGUUAUCAGGCUACAGCAUAUGUUCGUUCUGAUGCUGCCAAAGUUGAUGUGCAACUAGUUGUGGUUCAGCUGGCUGAAACCAAUUGGAAAGCGUGUGCUGAUGCUGUGAUACUGCCUCUGAAAGCACAGGCCAGACUGAGAUGGGGCAAGGAGUGCCGGAACUACAGGAUAUCAGCCGUGGCUACCACAGGCCAACUGGCAAGAAAGCCAGCUGCACAGCUGAAGGUGCAAUGGGGAAAGCUUCCUUCCUGGAUUAAAAAGACUAGCACGGCAUUCAUGCAAUACGUUCCUGGUGUAGCACUCGUGUUGGGCUUCUCAGAAGCACAUCAGAGAAAUCCAUCUCAUGAAUUUAUAGUAAGGGCAGCUGCAACAUCUCCACGAACAAUUGAUACAGUAAUUAAAGCGCCUGGGGUAACACUUUACUGUCAGGCACUCCGACUGCCAUUCACCCUGCCCUUAGGCCCAUCUCCAAAUUAUGAGACUCGAGAUAUCACUGCCUGGAAUUUGUUUCCUGAAAUAGCUUCACAAAUAGCACAAGAAGAUCAAUCCACAUGUGAAAUCAGAGAGCAAGAUUUUAAAACAUUUGAUCGCGUGAGCUAUGCAUAUUCUUUCAAUAAAAGCUGCAAUUUGGUAGUGGCUCAAGACUGUACUGAACACCCAAAAUUCAUCAUUACUACAAGAAAGGUUGAUCCUCAGUCUUUCUCAAGGGAGGUUCAUAUAAAUACAACAUCAGCGAACAUCACAAUCUGUCCUGCCUCAAAUUCAUCACUCCUUGUGGCAUGCAAUGAAGAACCAGUCCUAUCACACAGUGGAGUUACUGAGUAUGAAAAAGAAAAUGUUAAAAUUUAUAAAAAUGGAACAACAGUUAUCGUAGAAGUUCCAACACUCGGACUGAAGAAGGUGACUUUUGAUGGUGUGAACCUUAAGGUUACUGUUGCUUCAUGGAUGAGAGGAAAGACCUGUGGAGUUUGCGGUAAUAAUGACAGAGAAAAGCACAAUGAACUCCUCAUGCCAAACCAUAAGCUGGCACACAGCUGUUCCACGUUUGUUCAUUCCUGGGUAUUGCUAGAAGAGACCUGCUCUGGUGGGUGCAAGCUGCAGCGCAGUUAUGUGAAGCUGAAUCGAAAUCCUACUAUUGAUGGUGAGGAAUCUACGUGCUACUCUGUUGACCCAGUGCUGAAAUGUAUGAAAGACUGUACUCCAAUCGAAAAAUCUUCAGUAAAGGUUGGCUUCCACUGCUUCCCAAAAGAAACUGCUGUAAGCCUGCUGGAAUGGCAGAGAAGCAGCGAUAAGAAAUCUGCAUCUGAGGAUGUUGUGGAGUCUGUGGAUGCUGACAUUGAUUGUACCUGCACUGGUGACUGUAUUUAAACUAAACGCUUUAGUGUUGUGCUAUAGACAUACUACACAAAUAAUUGAAUAGCUGGACAGAUAAGGGAACAUAACAGCCAUAGUAAAAUAUUAAGAAAGGUGCUUGAAGAAAAUAAGUCUAUUGCAAAGUCAAAUGCAUUAUGUACAGUCUGCACUGCUUAAUAAAUAUGUUGUUCAUUAAAUAAGUA